CUGGCGCAGGUCAGGCUUGGGCUGCACGGAUGCUGCUUCACCCUGCGCCCCUCUUGCUCCUGGGGGCAGCUGUGGGGGCUGUCCUGCCUGGGGUUGGCUGCUGUGGCUCCCUCUCACACUCCCUGUGCUACUUCUACCUGCAAGUGUCAGAGCCCAGCCAGGUCUUCAUGAGGGGCUACCUGGACGACCAGCCCAUUGCUUGCUAUGACAGCCUCACCAGGAUUAUGGAACCGCUGGUGCCCUGGAUGGAGGAGCUGCAGAAGGAGACUUUUCUGGCCCCUGAGAGGGUCUUCAGGGCUGACCUGGAGAGUGUGCAAAACCUCUACCCCCAGAAUGAAGGGCUUCACACCUGGCAGGUGAUUUUGGGCUGUGAGCUCAGGGAAGACGGGAGCCAAGGAGGGUCUUUGCACUAUGGCUACAAUGGGAUGGACUUCAUCAGCUUCAACAAGGAGACCCUCAGGUGGGUGGCAGCUCACCCCCAGGCCGAGAAGGUCAAGGAGAAGUGGGAUGACGAUCUGGUGCGGUCCAAGAGAAACCAGGUCUUCCUGGAGGAGACCUGCAUUGAGCGGCUACAGAAAUACCUAUCCCACAGGAAGGAGGCUCUGCAGAGGACAGAGCCCCCAGUAGGGAAGGUGACCCGCAAGGUGGUUAUUGACAACGUGGAGGCUCUCAUCUGCCAGGCCUACGGCUUCUACCCCAAGAAGAUCAAUGCUACCUGGAUGAGAGACGGAGAGGUCUGCAAGUAUGAGACCUUCCAUAGGAAUGUGGCCCCCAACUCGGAUGGGACCUAUUAUGUUUGGUUCAGCAUUGAGAUCGACCCCAAGGAGAGGGACCGCUUCAGCUGCCAAAUGGAACAUGAGGGUUUGCAGGAGCCCCUGGUCUUGGCCUGGAAGGAGGAACCUGCUGAGAAACUACAAGAUUGGGCCAGAGAGCGGCUCGUUCUGGUGGGGCCCAUCCUUGUUGUCCUGCUGGGGCUUCUGCUGAUCCUCCUCCUGAGAUGUAAGUGAACUGGAAAUGCCCCUGGUGCUGAUGGCAGAGCUCCCUGAGCAGUGGAUCCAGGACCCCCACAAGCCCCCUCUGAUAAUGAGCCAGAAGGGAAGGGGGUCCUAGGCAGCCAUGUCUUUCUCUGCUAUAAAUCUCACCACCCUCACCUGCCUGUCCGGAGUUCAGACCAAGGGCAACCUUAACAAGGGAAUCAUUAAGAAGGUAGAAAACCAAGAAGCUUUCAUCCCAAUUAAGGAUCCCGGCCCCCUUCUCUCAACCUUCCUUCCCCUUUAACUGUGGGAUACUCCCUCCACAUCUGAAAGGGCGGUUUUUACUUAACAAAGGAUUUUUUUUCACCCCACGAAACCCCAAAAUCUGUCCGCAAAUCAGAUCCCCCGCAUUCUCGACCUCACAACUGCCCAAAGUGUAUAAAAAUCUCCUUUGUUCAAGCUUCUUCUUUAUUAUAAAGUGGACUCAAUCGUGAUUGAAUAAAGAGCUGGUAAUUUCUCCUUGGUGCUCAGCUUCCUACUUCAACAUUUUUCAUUACAAAGCAAAUAAUUAUUUUUAAGUAUUGUACAUGUAGUGGCAAUGCGGAAAACUGUUGUUGUUUCGAGGAGUUUAGGUGACAUAUUUUGAUUUCUCCUGCACGUCUUAAGAAAGUUCACUCUGAGUCAUGAUAAUGUUUAGCGGCUUGUUCUUCACUUUUACCUAGAAGUGUGGGGGGGGGGAACCCUCCGGAUUGUUUAGGUCAAGCACUAGCUUCUCUGUCCACUUCCAAGGCUCUUGAGUCACAUGAUGAGCAGGUGCAACAUCUGGCCAAGGUCACCCUCACAGCCUCUGACUCCGUAACAGACUCCUGGGAUGGCAGUGCCAGCCUUUGAUCAGGACCCCGGCAUUGCCCCUGGAGUUUGGAGCGUGGACGCAGGCCUUGAUGCCAGGCGCUGCAUUGUCUAAGCCAUCCUGGGGUCUGUCCGCUGUUGCCUUAUGGUAGCUCCCGAUGGGAGGGGAAGAGUUUUAACAUCUUGCUUGGCAUGUUAUCUUACACUGCUUUUGAUUUCUGUUUAAUUCCAUCUGCUAAUUCUUAUAUUCCUGUUUCAUUCAGUUUGCUAGA